AUGUACAACUGUUUGCAAUGGUUCGAAAGAAGUUUUUUGUUAUCCUUUACUUUCUGUUUGUUUUGAAAAUUCUUUCAACUUUGAGUACAGAAAUUGAAGGAAACUUUGGCUUGCCAAAAUGCAAAAACGUUUGUCCCGCUGUGGCUCUCUGCGAAAAGAAUGAGUGUUACUGUGAAAGUGGAUUCAGUCUGGAUAAUUGCAAAUCAAAGUCAAUAAAUGAAACUAUUGUGCUUGAUAAUUGGUACGGGUCCAUUGAAAUUGAUUCAGAGAGCCCUGUUUUUCAAAAAUGGAGAAUAGUUGUUCCCCAAGGUAAACACAUAGCUAUUUGGUUUGAGAAGUUUUAUCUAAAACCUGGCUUAGCCGUGUGUUCCUGUAGUCGGAGUAGCUCUUUAACUAUCGAUAAUAGAAUCUUCUGCGGAAAGUUUCCAGCAGUGAUUCAGCCUCUAAUUAUAAAUAAAAAUACCGUCGAAGUAAUGCUGGAUGCCUGGGAUACAAUAAAAAUCACUUUAGUUUAUAGUGAGAUAGAUAAACUUCCUAAAAUUUUCGGUAAUAAAAUUUCUGAAAAUAUCAAUGAUUGGUCUUCAUCGAGAAGACUUGAUUUGACGAUUGAUGACAAUCUACGGAUUCCCUAUGAUGCGAAUAUUUUAAAAUGGAUUCUGUUUGUUAAAUUACCUAGUGAUGUUGAAGCUUUGUCAGAGUUUAAAUUGGGAAUAUUCAGAAAAGUUGGCAACACAUAUAAAAUUAUUGGUUUGACAUCACUCGAUUUAACAAAACUCUACAAUGGGUAUUUUAACGAUUUUUUGUUUAAAAAUGGCACUCUGAUUGCUGUGAAGAAAGAUGACUAUAUAGGAUGGGUGUCCAAACAUUCUUCAGUUCCCAUGGCAACAGCCAGACCUCACUCUUGCCCUAAUGGAAAUAUCAGGGUUAUAGGUAUUGAAAAGAAUCAAAUAAAUGAAGGAUAUAUUCCUAUUAAAGAUGAAAAUCGAUACAUGGGAAGAAGUUCAGUAGCUGUAUACUUUUCUGACAUCAGUGAGAAUGAGAAAAGUAUUAAGCAUUGUACGAUGGAGAAAAACAAUUUACAAGGUGUCUUCUAUAACAAAUAUUUUCCUGAGAACGACAACCAAGAAUGUCAUAUAAUCUUGAAUAACAGACAAGGAUGGACUGGAAUAACCCCUAUAAUAUCAAUAAAAAAUCCGUAUUGGGACUUGAAUGUGUACAAGGAAAUUGGGCAGACCAUAGUGAAUAUCAAUAAAACCCUGGAAUAUACUUUACCUACUGGUGUGGCUGCAACAAGGGUAAUGAUAGCCUAUUCUAACUACGGUUGUGGAAGCAAAAUAAAGGCUGUAAGUGGAGAUUUGAAUACUAUAAAAUUCCCAACACGUUCGUGUUCGUGGGAAAUUAUAUCGUCGACUUCAAACGAAAUUAUUUAUUUUUACAUAAAAAAUUUAAAAUUUCCCACAAAUAAGCAUUGCUCAAAUUAUAUGCAACUUGAUGAUUGCACCUAUCAACCUGCAAAAUUAUUAUAUAAACUCUGCAACAAAAUCAAAAAUUCUGAUUUUUUCAUUGUUUCAACAUCUGGUUCAAAGUUAUGUGUUAAAAUUGUUAAGGAAAACGCGAUGACUGAAGAACCCACUUUUUUGGCUAGUUUCUAUUCAAAGAUACCGAAUUAUGACACAAGGGAAGAAUCCAUCAGUUUAAGAGGAAACACUUCUAUGAUGUUUACUACACAAGCAUAUAGCAGACGAAUAUGGAAAUUUAUAGGAACCAAACCAAUAAAGCUAGAAAUCACUGCUAACCUGGAAGCAAGAGGAUUUGAUCGAAGACCACUUCAAAUUUUAAUUUCUGCUAAGAACGACUUGCGUAUAUACAUCAGUGAAUUUCGUACUUGUCUCGAAGACGAUAGAAACAGAGAAAUAAAUAUUGAAAUUUCGAAUGGUACAGAAAUACUCUGGACAAAAAGUUUAACUUUAUCCAGGGAUGGAUGUGUUAAAAUAAGCAAUAUUAGCAUAGCUACUCAACGUUCAAAAUUGAAGCUAAUAUCGUCGAAUGGAAAUGUUCGCUAUUUAAUAUUUUAUUCUUCUACUAAAAAGAGAUUAACUGAAGAUAGAGAAGACUUUUUCCCAAUCGAAGAAUAUGGAUAUAGUUAUGGACCAGUCGUAGCUGCCGAAGGAUUUUCGUCAUAUGUAGAAUCUAAUACAACAAUAUUAGACUUAUUAUCUUACUGUAAGAAAAAUGGCAUGCAACCAGCUUCUCUGAAGAAUGACAAAACUCUUCGGGAGUUUGGAAAGUAUUUAUUAUUGUCGGGAUAUCAUAGUUAUAUAAUAGGCGCAGUAAAAAAUCAAGGUGUUACAUCUUUCAUUUGGUUGAAAAAUAAUGAAAUCGUAAAACAAUCGGAUAUCGGAUCGAAAAAUUACAAAUUAUUCGAAAAAGUCACCAUAGCUAACCAGCUAUGCGUAGUUUGGAAGAAAAAUAGCGAUUUAGAACUAAUAGAUUGUUCGAAGACUGUCUCAAAAUAUAAAUAUUCCCCUUUAUGCGAAAAAGAUAUAGAUGAAUGUAGAAAACAACCAUGUGGAGCGGAGUCAUCUUGUUUUAAUACGAUUGGUGGUUAUAAUUGCAAUUGUAAAAAGGGAUAUUUUACGAUAAAUAAGGAAGAAGAUUGUAAAAAUUUGUGCAAAUUUAAUUUGGGAUCAAAUUGGAGUUUGUAUAAAGGAAAAUGUGUAAUACAAUAUAGCUCUUUAAUGAGUUACUAUGAAGCAGUGCAACGAUGUAAAUUGGAUAAUCUUAAAAACGAAAAUACUCCUUGUUUCAACUGCUCUAAUUUAAUACAACCGAUUUGUAGUAAAGGCAAUGUUGAUGAUGAAAACAUUCGAGGUUUUAUUGUCAAGAAACUUGAAAAAUCAUUUAUAAGAUCUUCGAUAUCAAAGGUCACCGUUAGCAAAGGGAAAUAUAUCAGAAUCCGAGUUAUAAAAUUCAAUACAGAGUUUAAACAUGAUCAGAGUGUGGCCCUAAAAAUUGUGGAAGAAAAUCCAGAAGAACUGAUUGCUCAUGUGAUUUCAGUAGAUUCAGAAAAUACAACGAUUUUAACAAUGUCUAAUUUCGUAACGAUAAGAAUAUAUUUUACUGAACGUAGUACUAUAAUCGAAAAAGCAGUUCUAGCUAGAGGUUUUGUUACUUAUGAAGAGGUUGAAUGCGGAUUGGGAAAAGACUGUCCUGAAUCUUCUAAUUGUGGUUCAAUUGGUGAGAUAACAAACUUUGAUUCAUAUACGAUUAACUAUACCAGGGAAGCAUCUGCUUGGAAACAAUAUAAAUACUGUUUAUGGAGAUUCAAAGUAAAACAAGGACGCUAUAUCAAAAUUUUACCUAUUGAGAUAGAUAUGAAAUCUAGUCUUUCAAAAUGUACGCAAUAUACUGAUAUAUAUGAUGGGCCCUAUAUUAAAACCGUCAAGAGAAAGAUGAGAGUGUGCGAAGAUAAAAUGCCUCGAUUUGUUUCAUCAUCCAAUACCAUAACAAUAGUCAUGAUACUGAAACCUUUGGAAAGCCGAGUACAUGCUGGAGAACAUUUAGUUCUUCAAUUAGAGGAAGAAGAAUGCCCCGGAUGCGUAAUGAGCUCUGAUUCAUGUGCUUUUCAGGCUGAAUGCAGAAGUGAAUGCGGUCAAAUAAUGUCACCUGGAUAUCCUCUUAACUUCCCACCUGGCUUGAUAUGUCACUGGACAAUUUUUUCUGAACCUCGCCAUUAUAUCGAAAUAGAAAUUAUGGAUUUCGACGUUCCAUCCAGUGAUUCGAACUGCAAAGAAAAUUCCUUAACCCUAAUACAUGACAACGGGGGAUAUGGCAAUGUACCUUCGAAAUUUGAAAAGUACUGCGAUAAGAAAUCAUCGAAAUUAUUCGAGUCUGAUGGGGAAAUAGCUACUAUAGUAUUUCAAAGUGACUUCUAUUCACAAGGAAAUGGAUUUAAUUUAAAAUAUAGAAUGAAAAAAUUUCCUGCAAAGGAAACAGCAAACUCUACUGAAAGCUCCCUGUGCCAAUCUAACUGGUUUUAUUACAAGGGAAAUUGUUAUAAAUACUUUAAAGAAUCUAGUCUAACGUGGUUGGAAGCCAAUACUUUUUGCAUGGCACAAAGUAGCAACCUUGUUAGUAUUCUAGAUUCCAAAGAAAUGGAUGUUGUAAUGAAUUGGUUAUUGUACGUAUGGAUGAAGAAUAGUACUGAAAAGCCUUCAGUCUAUUUAGGUUUGAAUGUAGCACCGAACAAGGAAAGAUGGACGGACUAUUCCCCCAUGUCGUAUACAGAUUGGAGCUGUAGAGAGCCUUCGGACCCUAAAAUUGAACAUUGUACAUUAUUUUCAGUAGAAGGAUAUAAAUCCUCCGAACAUUGGUUUAAUAGACCAUGCGCACAUAAAGCAACUGAUAAAAUUAUAUGCAAACGUCCAGCCACUAAUUUUGAAAGCUUUAAAACUCCAGCAAAAUUAUCACAAUAUCCAUGCUCACUAGGAUGGUUUUAUAAUUCAACACUAAAAAGUUGCAUAUCUCUAAACUUUUUAUGCCUCAAAUCCCAAAAAAUAUACUUUAACAUUGAAAAUAGUAUCACUGGAAAUGAAACAUCUACUGUCAAUAAACCAGAUGUUUGUAUUAAAGAUGUCCUGUUGGAGAAUAAUACUUGUAAUGAGAAAAUAGAAUUUCAAUGUACCGAUGGCUCAUGUAUUUUAAUUAAUUAUAAAUGCGACAGAAUAAAACAUUGCACAGAUGGAUCGGAUGAACAAAAUUGCACCUUUUCAGAAGAAGUAGAGUACUUAUGGACAACUUACGAUUGUUCUGGCACUAACAGAAGUAUUAGUGAACUAUGCGAUCACUCUCAACAUUGCCCAACUGGUAGUGAUGAAAAAAAUUGCGAUUAUCCGAAUUGUCCCUCUGACUCUUUUGAAUGUUACGACAAACAAUGUAUCGAUAAAAAGUAUCAAUGCGAUGGCUACCAACACUGUUCGCAAAAUGCUGAUGAGAAAGACUGCUCAAAUUAUUAUCCGAGAAAAACGUUUACUUGCUACGAAGGAACUAUUAUCCCGAACUCGAGAGUUAAUGAUGGUCAAACGGAUUGUCAAAGUCCUGAAAAAGAGGAUGAAAGUCAAAUCGACAAACACCAUAAAAAAAGUUGCAAUAUAGGAGAAUUCAAAUGUAAAAACGGAGCUUGUAUAAAUUUUAUAAAUAUAUGUAUCAUGGAUAAAGAUCCUUGGGGUUACUAUACUGGAUGUAGAGAUCAAAGUCAUCUGAGAAAUUGCGAGUAUUUCAUAUGUCCAAAAGAUUACAUUAAAUGUCCUCAUUCUUACUGUAUUCCGUUAAAUAUGAGAUGUAACGGAAAAUAUGACUGUCCUCGAGGCGAAGACGAAAUGGAUUGUUAUACUCCAACCUGUCCAGGACAUCUAAAGUGUUCCGAAAGUAAGCUAUGCGUACAAUCAAAUAAAAGAUGUGACGGAUAUAAAGAUUGUCCUAAUGGCGAUGACGAACAAUUUUGUGAUUUAACAACAUGUCCCCAGAAUUGUGUGUGUAAUGGUUAUAUUGUCGAAUGCACUAAUCAGGGUCUAACAAGUAUACCCGAAGGCUUGUCAAAAAAAGCUAGAAUGUUUAUUCUUUCGAAUAAUAAUAUUACAGAAAUACCAGCAGGAAGUCUUGAUUAUUUAUAUAAUAUUAGAAGAUUAGAUCUUAGCUAUAAUUCGCUAAGAACCUUUAAUGGCUUAUUCAAAAAUUUGAUUAGUAUUGAAGAAUUGAUUUUAGUUAAAUGCGGAACGAUAGAUGUUCUACCUGAUGAAAUUUUUAGUGGUCUUGUCAACCUUAAAAUAUUAAAUCUCGGAGGAUUGGGUAUAAGGAAAAUUUUUCAAGAAUCUUUUCACGGAUUAUCAUCAGUGAGACUUAUAAAUAUUACGGACAAUCCAAUUCCCAGUUUUGAACAUUUUCUAUUCGAUGGUCUAGAUCAGUUGACACGAGUAGAAUCAAGCAAUUAUGCGUUUUGUUGUAUUUUUGGACAAGAGAAGAAUUCGUCAAAGAGUUGUCUACCAAAAAAAGACGCCCUUAGUUCAUGUGCUGAUUUAAUGGAGAGAGAUAUAUUAAGGGCGUUUCUAUGGAUUUUGGGUGUUCUGGCUUUGGUGGGUAAUGCAUUUGUUAUAAUAUGGAGAUGCUUGAAGAAGGAAAACAGCCGUUCAGCAAUACAUACUUUCCUUAUAACGAAUCUGGGAUUAGCAGACUUUCUUAUGUCGAUCUAUCUACUCAUCGUAGCAGGAGUUGACGCUUAUUACAGAGGAGAUUACAUUGAAAAUGCACAUGUAUGGAAGAGUUCAGCUCUGUGUAAACUUUGCGGCGUUUUAUCAACAACUUCAAGUCAAUUAUCAGUUUUCGCUCUGACAACUAUAACUCUAGACAGAUUUUCUUGUAUAGUUUAUCCAUUUUCUGGUAAAAAACUUGGCAAGCGAUCGUCCAGAGUCGUUAUAAUUUUUGAAUGGAUUCUCGCUAUAACACUAGCCGUCAUCCCGCUGUUCCCUUCGGAUUAUUUCCAAGACAACUUCUAUUCCAGGUCCAGUGUUUGCCUUCCACUGUAUUUAACAGGCGAUAAAAGAUUCGGUUGGGAGUAUUCAUUUGCCAUAUUUGUCUUUUUGAAUGGUAUAUCGUUCGUGGUUAUUGCUAUCGCUUAUACUGUUAUGUUUAGCGUGGUUGUAAAAACGAGAAAGGCAGCUGGUAAAGACAGUGAUAUAUCGAUAGCGAGGAAAAUGGCUUUUAUUGUCGUAUCUGACAUGUUGUGUUGGAUGCCUGUCGCUAUUAUGGGUAUUCUUGCUAUGUGGGGAGGUGUUACUAUACCAGGAGAAUUAUACGCUUGGACAGCCGUUUGCAUUUUACCAAUAAACAGCGCCAUCAAUCCGAUACUUUACACAAUAUCCAACAUCAAUUUUAAAGAGAUUAUCUACACGUCCAUCUUAUCCAACGAUAGUCAAGAUUCACAAGCUAAAGCUGAUAAAAUAACAUUGUAUUCAAACUUGUCCAAUUCGGACAGGAUCCAAUCUUUUGAUAUUAAAAAAUUUUUGAAGUUCUUGUCAGAUUGUUCCAAAAAACAAAUUAUGAUAUCUGGUUCGACGUUUGGCUGUUCUUUAGAACAAUGUUUACGAAGGGGUGAUUCAUUCACAGCUGAUAACAUAUUUUACUUUAUGCUUGAUCUCUGUAAAGCCUUGACAUACCUACACUCACUGAAUGUUGCCCAUAGGGAGGUUAGCAAGGAAAAGAUCGUUCUUUCAAAUGAAAAAGGCAGAAUUAGAGCCUAUUUACUUGGAUUGGGGAAAAUGGCGCCUAGAUCAUCGAACGACAAAACUGGAGUACUGCAGAGCGAAGAUAUUAAGGAUUUGGGUUUACUCGGAGAGAAAUUACUUGGACAUUCCUAA